UGGUAAUCGUUGGGAAUCGGUAAUUGUGGGAGGUUCAUUGUAGUAUCUGUAUCUGUUGCAGGCCGAAAAAACACAAGAUUCACAUGGAACAGGCACACACAAACAGGGAAAAGGUGGACAAUGGGGAUGGGUCUCGGGAAACCUACCCUAUAUGUAAUAAACAUAGCUUAUCUAAAGGCUGUGCUUCAAUCAAUACUUCCACUAACAACCGCACGGAAUACAAUUGCAUUGAAAUCAAUCCACACGCAAAUGGGAAACCAGGAUGGGUAUAUACGAUUACGACUACGGAUAUGAUGGAUGAAUGCGCAAGCCAGGGUGGGGAGAUGGAUCUGAUCUGGGCAGAAGCUGUGACUGAUACCGAUACACCUCGCAAAAGUGUCUUGCAUGCCAGGUCUUAUCAGCAUGGCCGUGCCCACUCCGAUUUGUCAUAUCUCGCGCUCGGAAAUAUGUACAUUCAAUAUUUUGGCGCUCUUAUCGCUAGCGCUAUUGGAGGAGAUAAAUCAGAGGGGCAGUUCCAUGUUUGAUUUAGUUUGUGAGCUGAUGGAUAUGUGACUAUAGGUGGGAUUAGGUUCAGGAUUAGGAGUAACCAAAAGCCGGAGACGACACGAACAAGCGGGAAGCGGGUAAUUAA